ACUUGUAUAGUUCCACGUCUCCUUCGAGUCUACAUACUGUUCAAAACACACUUGUUUUCGAUCUAGAAAGCACAACCAAAAUCUCUGCCAUAAUGUCUCACUCCAUUUCCGAGUCCGAGUUUGAUCCUAAGAAACCCUCCGUGCCCAUAUCAUAUCCAAUCAAGACCCUCAAGGAGCUAGAGUCACGCUCCUAUUUUCAGUCCUUUCACUACCCUUUUAACAAAGCCUCAAUUCCCAAUGAAAGUGCCUAUUCUGCACCAUUGUCUAAUCGUAGAAGAAUAUUAGUGUGCCAUGAUAUGGCUGGGGGGUAUUUAGAUGAUAAGUGGGUCCAGGGAGGGUCUAAUCAUGAUGCAUAUGCCAUAUGGCAUUGGUAUUUGAUGGAUGUGUUUGUCUACUUCUCUCACAAUCUAGUCACGCUUCCUCCUCCUUGUUGGACUAAUACAGCUCAUCGUCAUGGUGUUAAGGUGCUGGGGACUUUUAUCACUGAAGGGGAUGAUGGAAUUGCUGUCUGUCAUGAACUGCUUUCAACAAAGGAGUCUGCCCAAAUGUAUGCAAAACUUUUGGCAGAGCUUGCUGCUAAUUUAGGCUUUGACGGGUGGCUGUUGAAUAUGGAGGUAUCAUUGAAGCCGGAGCAGAUUCCUAAUUUGAAAGAGUUUGUGAACCAUUUAUCAUUAACAACGCAUUCUUCAGUGCCUGGAUCACUAGUGAUAUGGUAUGACAGUGUCACAAUUAACGGUGAUCUAUCGUGGCAAAAUGAACUAAAUGAACUUAACAAGCCUUUCUUUGAUAUAUGUGAUGGGAUAUUUACAAAUUAUUCAUGGAAGGAAGAUUAUCCAAGGCGAUCUGCUGCUGUUGCUGGUGAUCGAAAGUUUGAUGUGUACAUGGGGAUUGACGUAUUUGGAAGGAACACAUAUGGUGGUGGACAGUGGAAUACAAAUGUUGCUCUUGACGUAAUAAGAAAAGAUGAUGUCUCUGCUGCAAUAUUUGCUCCUGGAUGGGUCUACGAGACUAAGCAAGAACCAGAUUUUGAGACUGCUCAGAAUCGUUGGUGGAGUCUGGUGGAAAAAUCUUGGGGCAUAGAGCGAAAGUAUCUUAGAACACUACCAUUCUACACAAAUUUUGAUCAGGGACGUGGUUAUCAUAUUUCAGUUGAUGGAGACCAAGUAUCAGAUGCUACUUGGUGCAAUAUUUCUUCCCAAGGCGUUCAGCCACUCCUUGAGUUUGUUGAUUCUACUGCAAAUUCUAUUCAACUUCUUGUAGACUUGAAGCAAGCAUCAUAUGGUGGAGGGGGAAAUAUUACAUUCAAAGGAUCUCUUGAAAGAGAUGCUUAUUUCAAGAAAAGAAUCUUUCAAGGAGAGUUCAUUUUAACCGAGUUGCCUAUCCACUUCUUUUAUUCUGUGAAAUCUGAUAACAAUUCUUCUUUAGGACUUGUACUUCAGUUCACUAAUAGCCUCAGCAACACAAUUUCUGUACUACUCACUUCGCAUGGAAUGGAUCAUUUGCCAAGUGGAUUUAGCAAAGUAGUCCCAACAAUUGAACACAAGGGAAAUGCCCCUGGAUGGGUUAUACAUGAAGGUACAAUUGAAAUGAAUGGAUACAUUCUGAGUGAAAUCCAUGCUUUGUGCCAUAGGUCAAAUGCUCCAUCCAAUGAACUGAGACCGAAAUCCAGGCCAUUUGGUCCUGAUCAUACUGUGGCUUCUUCAACUGAUUAUUUUGCGGUUCUUGGUCAUAUCACAGUCAAGACUUCUAACUAUAAGCCAGAUUUUCCAGUUUCUACUUUCUGGCUAGUUGAUGGUGAAUACAUCAAUUGGAAUUCUGGUCCUCAGGAUUCAAGGAUCCUUAGUGUUAAAAUUUCAUGGAAACUGAAAGAUGGAAAGAAUUUUGUAUUUCCACACUACAACGUGUAUGUGGAGAAAAUACCAAAGCUAGCAGAUGGUAAUCCAAGCACAACAUUAGAAGAUGUGCAUGAGUAUCUUGGAGUAGCACAUGUAAAUUGUUUCUAUGUUUCUGAGCUCAAAGUUCCUCCUAGCAUUUCUAGUCUCAAAUUUAUUAUACAAGUCUGUGGUUUUGAUGGAACAAAUCAGAAUUUAGAAGAGUGUCCAUAUUAUCAAUUGGAGAUAAAAGGUCUCUAAAUUGUCAUUUAGAAUGUAUCAGACCUCCUAUUAAGGAAGUAUCUAUCUUAUAUUUGGAUAUAACAUUGCAUACCAUGCUUAUGCUGCAAUGCAAUGAAGAAUAAAACUUGGCAUGAUUUUCA